AUGGACUCGAAAGAUCAUAAAGAUGAUGACUUUAUUGACGACACUCUUCCCGAUGUCUCUGAAGGGGAAACUGCUCGAGUCGUUGACCACAUUGCGGAACGUCAGCUUUGUCGCAAGUUCGAUGUUCGUUUGAUGCCAGUCUUGGCUAUCAUGUAUCUGUUCAAUGCACUAGAUAAAGGCAAUCUUGGAAAUGCCCAAACUGCUGGGCUAAGCGAUGAUCUCAAUUUUAAACCUGGACAGUACAACCUACUGGUGUCAAUCUUCUUCGUUCCGUAUGUCAUUUUCGCUCCUCCUACGGCGAUCAUCGGCAAAAAGUAUGGCGCGGCCAGAGUCCUCCCUAUUCUCAUGUUCACCUUUGGGUCAAUGACCCUGUUGGCUGCUUCCGUGCAGAACUUCGGCGGUCUCUUCGCACUGAGGUUCUUUCUAGGCAUGGCGGAGUCAGGUUUCUUUCCGCUUGUCAUCUAUUAUCUUACAACAUUCUACAGACGCGGUGAGCUAGCACGUCGCCUCGCUCUCUUUUAUGCGGCUUCCAAUAUUGCCAACGCCUUUAGCGGUCUCUUGUCAUUUGGCGUAUUUCAGAUAGAGUCUGAAAUGUUUGUCUGGAGGUAUCUUUUUAUCAUCGAGGGUGCAGCCUCUGUACUUUUCUCUACCUUCGCAUUUUGGUAUCUUCCCCGUUCAGCUAGCGAGGCCAAAUUCUUGGGGGAAGAAGAAAAGGCAUUGGCCUUCCAUCGAAUGCAAGUCGAUUCUUCUUCGGUAGUUCAGGAAAAGUUCAACUUCAAGGACUCUAUCAAGAUCUUCAAGCAGCUGACAACGUACUGCUUCCUCAUGAUAGAGAUUUGCUUGGGUGUGCCAAUUCAAUCAGUGGCUCUUUUUAUGCCGCAAAUUAUCGAGCGCCUGGGGUAUGGGACUAUCAAGACAAAUCUUUACACUGUCGCGCCUAAUGUUGGUGGUGCCGUGAUGCUGCUGAUCUUGGCCUUCAGCUCCGACUUUUUGCGCAUACGUUUCCCAUUUAUUAUGCUGGGUUUUGCAUUCACUUUCAUCGGCUUCAUCAUCUACGCUGCCAUUCCCGACGUCCAGGCACAAAUCCAAUUGGCCUACUAUGCAUGCUUCAUGAUGGUCUGGGGUACUUCUGCCCCAUCGGUCCUCCUAUCCACUUGGUAUAAUAACAACAUAGCCCACGAGGGACGCCGUGUGGUCCUGACAUCAGUGGGUGUCCCUUUAGCGAAUUUGAUGGGCCUCGUAUCAAGCAACAUCUUUCGCGAAAAUGAGAAGCCCAAGUAUCCAACGGCUCUUAUCACAACAGCCUGUUUUGGGGCUUGUGGAUGCCUUAUUGCGGGUCUUUUAGGUGGAUUCAUGGUGUUUGAUAACACGCGCAGGAACCGCAAAGCGGGGAGGAAGACUACAGCGGCCGAUGUGCCCACACAGCGUUUGCGAGACGGUCCAUCUGUCCCCGAAUUUCGCUGGUUUCUGUGA